AGAGGUCCUAAUGCGAAUCUGGACUCUGUGAAAAAGCAUUCCCAUUGAGGAGCCGUGGGGCGCCGUUUGCAGAUCCAUAGGUUUUCCGAACACGCACCCCAUACACACGAAUCGCUUUCACCCUUGUGCUGCCUGUGUUUGAUGAAAUUUCGGCGCGUAAAGUGCCUGGAAUUGAAAGUCGGGAUCGGUAUCGUCCAGCGCCGUGAUAACACCGCGAUCCACGUCCAUCCACGGUCCUGAUUAUAUUUCGCGCCCAAAUAUGUCAAGUACAAUAUCAGGCAUCGCAGUUGCCAGGCUCGGCGAAGAGCGAAAAGCAUGGAGGAAAGAUCAUCCUUUCGGAUUCGUAGCAAGACCAAUUAAAAAUCCAGAUGGAACUCUUAACUUGAUGAGCUGGGAGUGUGCAAUUCCUGGGAAAAAGUCUACGCCAUGGGAGGGUGGAUUAUACAAAUUACGCAUGAUCUUCAAAGAUGAUUAUCCCUCCAGCCCACCAAAGUGUAAAUUUGAACCUCCAUUGUUUCAUCCAAACGUGUAUCCCUCAGGAACUGUUUGUUUGUCACUCUUAGAUGAAGAAAAAGAUUGGAGACCUGCUAUCACUAUUAAACAAAUCUUACUUGGCAUACAGGAUCUGUUAAAUGAACCAAAUGUCAAAGAUCCAGCUCAAGCAGAAGCAUACACAAUAUACUGUCAAAAUCGCUUGGAAUACGAAAAACGUGUCAGAGCUCAAGCUAGAGCAAUGGCUCCCCAGGAAUAAGUUUACAUUAAGUAUCAUUAAAUUCAAAUAUUCCAGCUAUAAAGAAGUUAUUGUAUACCUAUAGUAUAUUCUAAUAUUCUUAUCUUUUUUAUAAGUAACAUUAAUGUAUAACGUAGUUAAUUUUCUAUUAUCUGCAUUUUCUUUUGUGUAACAAAAUUCUCACACAUAAUUAUUAAUAUUCUGUAUUAAUUAUGUGCUACAUUAAGUAUGAAAAAAACAAGA